GGAAAGCCCACAAAUCCUGCAUGGUUGUGCAAGCGAAACACACUCUACAUCUCAAGCAAGAUUCAUUGAGCUCUCUCUCUCUGUCCUUCAACACAGCCCCACCUUUCCAUGGAAAUUAUUGAUAAUCAUUUUGAGUACCAAAAUUACUGGGAGACUAACAGGUUUUGGAAUGAAGACCUUGAUUAUAGUUGGGAAAUGAAUCAGCAAUUUAAUGUCGGGUACUAUGAUUCAAGCUCACCGGAUGGAAAUACUCAGACAAUAGCAUCCAAAAAUAUUGUUUCAGAGAGGAGCAGGAGGCAGAAGCUUAGUGACAAGCUCUUGGCACUUAGAGAAGCUGUCCCCAAAAUCAGCAAAUUGGAUAAGGCUUCAGUAAUCAAAGAUGCUAUUAAGUAUAUCCAAGAUUUGCAAGAACAAGAGAGGAGACUCCAAGCUGAUAUAAGGGAACUUGAAUCCAGAAGAUUGGAGAAAAAUCAUACUUUUGACAUUGAGGAUGAGCUACCAGUCCUGUUAAGAUCUAAGAGAACAAGACAUGACCAAAUUUAUGAUCACUGGCUGGCCAGAAGUACUUGUCCUAUUCAAGUUCACGAACUUAGUGUCACUUCUAUGGGAGAGAAAACUCUGUUCGUGAGCUUGACAUGUAGUAAAACAACAGACGCGAUGAUUAGGAUUUGUGAGGCUUUUGAACCUUUGAAGCUGAAAAUUAUCACAGCAAAUAUCACAACUCUCUCAGGGAUGAUCAAGAAGACUGUCUUGAUAGAGGUAGAUGAAGAAGAGAAAGAGCAUCUGAAGAUAAAAAUUGAAAGGGCUGUUUUAGCUCUUAGAUCCGCAUAUAAUCCUAUGAUGAGCAUCUAAAUAAUGGCAAAUCGAAGAACAAUUUCCCUAAAGCCUUGUGUUGGAAUGCUAAAAUCUAAGAACAACCCUAUCCAUGAGAAGUUCUUUCUUUUUUUUCUUUUUUCUUUUUUGGUAUCAGGCAGGAGCUGUGCCUUUUCCAGAAUAACUGAUUGGCUACUGUGAUGGAUAUUGUACAAUUAUUGUUUAGUUUUUCUCAGUUUAAAAAGUUUUUGACUGUCAAACAAA